CCAUGGAAUAUUGGGUGCACUUACAUAAAUGGGCUGUACAUUGGGCCUAAUUAAAUACUCAGGCCCAUCCAUUCUACUAUGAUCCGAAACCCAACAUUUUCGGACCAAUUCUCCACUUUCAGUAGAUCAACACAGCAAAGAGAAAAAUGCAGAAAAGAGAGCAAGCAAAGCUAACCGGAUCAACCGGUGGAUCCGCCGCCCCGCCGCCGAAAAGAGGCCGGCCAUUUGGUAGCGGAAGUAGCAACGCCGCUGCCGCUGCUGCUGCCGCCGCGGCAGCUGACUCAGCAGCUCCGUCAACACUGCUUGGACCUUCACUGCAAGUUCACUCCGCCUUCGCUGAACAGAAUAAUAAAAGGAUUGUUCUAGCACUUCAAAGUGGAUUAAAGAGUGAGCUGACAUGGGCAUUAAAUGCCCUCACUUUGCUAUCAUUCAAGGAGAAAGAUGAAGUCCGCAAGGAUGCGACUCCUCUUGCCAAAAUUCCUGGAUUGCUUGAUGCUCUGCUUCAAGUUAUAGAUGAUUGGCGUGAUAUAGCCUUACCAAGGGUACUUGUAAAGGCACCUCGUGUCCGGCCUUUGGGUGCAAAUGCAGCGGUUACUGGAUUUGGACUUGAAUAUGAAGCAUUGAACUCGAAUGAAUCUUUUCCCCAUCCUAGCACUGGUUCUGGACCUGUUCGGAAGAGUACUACCAAGUCUCGUCCCGCGGGUUUGUGGUUCGAGGAAGAUGGCCUAUUUAAUUUAGAUGAUGUGGGCCGGAUUGAAAAACAGCAGUUUGCUGUUGCUGCUUCAAACAUUGUUCGCAACUUCUCUUUUAUGCCAGAUAAUGAAUUCAUCAUGGGCCAGCAUAGACAUUGCUUAGAAACUCUAUUCCAAUGUCUGGCAGAUUAUGUUACAGAGGAUGAAGAACUUGUCACAAAUGCUCUCGAGACUAUGGUGAAUAUAGGUCCAUUGAUAGAUCUCCGGAUAUUCAGUUCCCAAAAACCUUCUUUUAUCAAAAUGACAGAGAAACGUGCAGUUCAGGCUCUCAUGGGAGUACUAGGAUCUGCUGUUAAGGCCUGGCAUUGUGCUGCCGCUGAAUUAAUUGGUCGUCUUAUAAUAAAUUCUGAUAAUGAACCUUUCCUAAUUCCUUGUGCUUCGCAGAUUUAUAAACGUUUAGUUGAUAUCAUGAGCCAACCGGCUACUGAUGCUCAAGCAGCGGCUAUUGGUGCAUUAUAUAACCUUUCAGAAAUAAAUAUUGACUGUCGUUUAAAGCUUGCUAGUGAACGAUGGGCUAUUGAUAGACUGUUGAAGGUGAUUAAGACGCCACAUCCAGUGCCAGAAGUGUGCAGGAAAGCAGCAACGAUUUUGGAAAACCUUGCAUCAGAGCCACAGAACAAGCCCCUUCUGCUAGUGCAUGAAAAUGCAUUUGCGGAGAUGCUUUUUGGUGAUCCAAGAUACUCGGACAUAUUUUCUAGGAUACUGUAUGAACUAACAUCACGUCCAAGCAACAAAAUGGCAUCAGCGCGAGGGAUAUGGGGCAUGUAACAUCAAAACACACAAGGUUACAAGUAAUACAACUACUAAAGUUGUUUUGCCUCCCUUGUGGCUGCUUUGAAACAGAGAGAUCUAUGGGUGUCGCAAAAAAGUCUGCUUGACCCACUAAGAUCAUUAGCACAAGUACUGGAUGUGGUACUGUUGUUUUGGAUGAUAAUACAAUCAUAUAAGCCAGUUAACAUAUUUUGCAAGUCAGUCUUAACUCUUUUUCUGAUAAGGGAACCCAUAGCCCCUACCCUUUGGGUGUGCACAGCGUAAACCCGCUCCUGUUUGCAAACCACAUGGGAGAGGUAGACUGCACUAGACAAGCCCCGUGCCACGAGCUCAACUCAGAAGGCCAAUCACUUUUCGCAUGCAAGGGUUUCGAACUUGAGACCUCUAUUAGGGAAGUCCCAAGAAGGGCUUUGUAAGAAAUUCUUAAAUCUUAAUCCUCAGUCUCAUCAGACCUUAGUUAAGACUACUCCUUUGUUUGAUAUUUGAAGCCUGCUCAAGUCAAAGGGUGUGUUUGGUAUAUAGGGAAAUUUCAAUUUUCCCAUGUCCUAAAUAACUUACAUGGUGGGAGUAGUGAUUAAUCAAAAACUAAAAUCAGUUUAUGUCACUGAUAAUAGACAACGGGGCCUUAGACAUUUUAUUCUUAUACAUUCUCUUUUAAGAACAGGAAAACUAUUCUCAAAUAACUAGUUAACACCAACUGAAAUUGAUCAAAUUGCUAUGAAAAGUUGAAACAACCAUAAGCAAAAGAGAAAACUAAUAACAACUGAAUCAUUCAAGAACUCGUGAAAGAUGUUGACCUUCUUCUCUUGAACUCCUUCCUUUUCAGCCUUUACUGAAAGAUCUUUAAAAUUGAUCAUUGGGGUUGUGAUUGGCUUUAUAUAGACCCCAAUACUCCCAAUGCCACAACCAUUUGUGCCACCAUGAAAACCACCAAAAGAAGGAUAAUUUCCUAUCUGAAAGAUGAACUUGCUAUCACGAGCUGAUGGGGUUCCAAACGGUCGGUUCCGAAUGAUAUUGAGCUCAAAGUACUACCAAAUUUAACCCGUGCUUGGAAUGAACCACUUAUGGAAGUAAGAAAUGCUAUUGGAUAAUCGAACGUCACUGCACAAAAGCUUUUAUAUUCAUGACUGCCGUAUUUGUUUGACAAAACUAAUUUGCCAUUCUCAUUCUCAUCACAGAAGAGGAACUGCAGUGAUUUAAUUGUUUUAUGACUGUAGGAAACAAAAAUCUGGACUAUUUCUCCUCGCCCCUUUUCAUCCCAAAUGGUUCUUCUAUUUCUUCCUUGUUUGCCUGCUGUACCAACUUUGAUCAUAUCCAUAUUUCUCCUCCUUUCUGUUCCCCAGUUGGAGAAAGACAAAAAGGUUCAAACGAGGCGGCAAUAAGAGAAAGGGGUGCAUCUCUUACGUUUUUCUUGGUGUUAAUAUCUAGAUGGUCACUCAACUUACAACUUUUGUCUUAGAAAAUCACACAACUUCGAUUUUUGCUUAAAACUAGGGAUUUUUCUUAGUCACAUAACCUUGGGUUUUUCCUUCAAAAGUCGCUCAAAACUAUGAAUAAAAAUUAUCUUCUUUAGUUAUACUAAGACACUCGUAAAUUGUAAAACCUUUUUGUACGAUCCGAGUCUUCUAGCACAA